AUGUUCUUCUUCCUGCUCAACCUGGCCCUCGCUGACCUGGGCUGCAUCUGCACCACUGUCCCCAAAGCCAUGCACAAUUCCCUCUGGGACACCAGGAACAUCUCCUACACAGGAUGUGCUGCUCAGCUAUUUCUGCUCAUCUUCUUCCUUGGAUUACAGUAUUCCCUCCUGACCAUCAUGUGCUAUGACCGCUACGUGUCCAUCUGCAAACCCCUGCAGUACGGGACCCUCCUGGGCAGCAGAGCUUGUGCCCACAUGGCAGCAGCUGCCUGGGCCAUUGCCUUUCUCAAUGCUCUCAUGCACACAGCAAAUACAUUUUCCCUGCCCCUGUGCCAUGGGAAUGCCCUGGGCCAGUUCUUCUGUGAAAUCCCACAGAUCCUCAAGCUCUCCUGUGCCAAAUCAUAUCUUAGGGAACUUCAGCUUCUUGCUGUUAGUGCCUGUUUAUUUUCUGGAUGUUUUAUGUUCAUUGUUUUCUCUUAUGUGCAGAUUUUCAGGGCUGUGCUGAGGAUCCCAUCUGAGCAGGGACGACACAAAGCCUUUUCCACCUGCCUCCCUCACCUGGCAGUGCUCUCUCUGUUCAUCACCACUGCAGUGUUUUCUCACUUGAAACCCCCCUCCAUCUCCUCCCCAUCCCUGGAUGUGACCCUGUCAGUUCUCUACUCAGUGGUGCCUCCAGCCCUGAACCCCCUCAUCUACAGCCUGAGAAACCAGGAGCUCAAGGCUGCAGUGUGGAAAUUGAUGACUGGAUGGUUUCAGAAACAAUAAA